CGAUGCUGGUUCAUAUGUGUGUGCUGCAAGUAAUUCAUUGGGGUCAACCAACAGUGAUCCUGUAACUGUCACAGUAACAAGUAAGUCUGUAAUAGUUAAUAAAAUUACAUUUUGUUUGAUUCAAUAAUAUGACUUUUAAAAUGUGUCAGUGUCAGCCAAUAAAUAAAUAUUCAGACAAUUAAAGGACAUGAGUAUAUAGUGCAAGUGAAUAAAUUUAAUUUUCAGGGAAAAAAAUAUGAUUGGUGAGCAAAUAAAGUGUAUUAAAAUAUUGUAUAAUUCUGUAGAUGUUCCAGUGAUUAGCACACCCAAUGCCACCAUCAAUGCUAAUGAAAACCAACAAGUGACCUUGACAUGCCAAGUGACACCACUAAAUUCUCUAACUGACCUGUACUGGACCAAGGAUGGCCAACGGCUAAGCACCACCAAUGCAGCAAAGUAUUCAGGAGGUACCAGUGCAGUGCCAAGCUUGACCAUCUACUCAUUGAGCCCAUCAGAUGGUGGAGCUUAUGUCUGUGUGGCUACCAAUCAGUUUGGAACUACACCAAGUGGAAAUGUUACACUUAAUCUCCAAUGUAAGAAGACUGUUAUAUUAAUAUGAUUUAGUAUUAGCUGGCUCUUCAGAAUGUUAAUAUAUCUAAAGUAGAUUAAGCAUACAAGUAUAGAAAUCCAAUAGAAAAGACUGUGAAAAUAAAGGUUGAUAUUAUUAACAUAACUUCAAAAAUGAUACUGCAUUAGUAUUUUUUUUUAAAAGUCAAAUUAUAUUUUAUACCUAUAUACAUUUAAUUUAAAAUAAUUUAUUUAGAAACAUUAGUCCAAAAUUUGAACUUUUCAGAAAAAAAAUUAAUUAAAUAUACAAUUUGGAAUAAGAUUUGAGUCCAUUAUGUAUGAAUUUACUAUUAAAGAUGAUUUCUUUUAGUUGUUUUCCAAAUGUGAUCAAGUAAUAAAUCUAAACACAUUUGUUCUUUUAUUUCUCAGAUGUUCCCAGACUGACAGUAACCAAUGCUACAGUCACAAGCAGUCCAGGUGACACCAUCAUCCUUACAUGUAAUGUAAAUGCAAAUCCUAACAUUACGAGUUUCUCUUGGACAAAGUCAGGGGUGACAAUCAGCUCAAGCUCCAACCCUACCAAAUAUUCAGGAG